AUGAACGAGAAAAUGAAGAAAAGAGAUCAAAAAGCUUUAGAAAAGCAAGAUGAAGUCCUUGACUUGAACGGAAUUGGAGAUGACCCUGAAUUAGAACCAGGAGAAACUAAAAAAACAGGGAAGUGGAGUAAAGAAGAGGAUGACCUUCUCCAAAAAAUUAUACAAGAAAAUGGAGCUAAAUAAUUGGAGGAAAGUUGCAAAGAGUAUUAACGGAAGGACUAGUAUUCAAUGUCUACAUAGAUGGACUAAGAUCCUCAAACCUGGGCUUGCGAAAGGACCUUGGAGCAAAGAAGAAGAUUUAUUGCUUAAAAACUUUGUAAAAGAAAAUGGAAUAAAGAGCUGGUUCAAAGCUACAUCAAUCAUUGAAGGGAGAAGUACUAAGCAGAUCAGAGAAAGAUGGAUAAAUGUUCUGGAUCCUAAUCUGAAGAAAUCAAAAUGGAGUUUAGAGGAGGAGAAGAUACUCUUUGAAUUAUUUCUAAAAUUUGGAUCAAAAUGGGCCAAGCUCAGAAAAUUCUUUCAAGGAAGAACAGAAAAUCAAUUGAAGAAUAGAUUCUACUCCACUUUAAGAAAAGCCAGAAAUAAUCUUGAACCUGAAGCCACCACGAAAAUAAAAUAACAGUGAAUUAUUGAGAUAUGUUCCGAAUGUUGUUGAAAAUUUAAAAGCAAAUGUAGACAAUCUUCCUUCACAUCUCACAAUAGAAAGUGAUGUAAUUCUUUACUCUGAACAACUCCUCGAAGAAUCAAAAGAGGAAUCCAAAGAAGAAGAGAAAGUCCCAGAAAUCGAAAAACCAAACCCCCUCAAUCCUCACCAACCUCCAAACCUCCGCUUAGCCAACUCCGGCUGCUUCUACCUCUCCAAACCCCCCUCCAAAUCCCCCACCUCCAGUACCAAAACCUACAAUCUCCUCCCCUUCAACCCCAAAUCCUCCACCUUCCCCUCCAACUGCUGGUCCCCUACAAAACCCUUAUCCCCCACAAACUCCCCUACUCCUCCCUCCCAACCAGGAAUCCACCAUUCCUCGUUCAGCGUCCAGAACAAAGAUUGUGACUUGACUCUAAAUUUUAGCUUGAAGGUUAGGAAUGGACAUGAUUUGAGUGAGAAGGAAAUUGAGGUGUUGAAGUAUGAAGAGAUGUUGGCCAAAGCGAAGGAGUUUAGUGAGAAGAUAAAUGAAGUUUUGGGGCAGAAAUAAUGUCAAUGAGGUAGUGUGUUAGGG